AUGUUAAAGGUUUUCGGAGUUAUGAUCGGGAUCUUACUGAGUGGUAUUUCAGUGAAUGGGCAGAUGAUCACUACAUCAUGCACACCCUCCAUGAUCUCUAGCGUCACUCCAUGUCUAAAUUUUAUAACAGGGAGUAGCAGCAAUGGGUCUUCUUCUCCAUCUUCAAGCUGUUGCAGCUCAUUAAGCACUCUCUUGACAACUGGUAGGGACUGUACUUGUCUCAUUAUCACUGCCAAUGUCCCUCUUCAGCUUCCCAUUAAUAGAACCCUGGCUCUCUCUCUCCCCCAAGCUUGUAAUAUGGGAUCUCUGCCAUUGCAGUGCCAAGCCUCUGCAACUCCUCUACCAGCACCAGGUCCUAAUCCUGUAUUGCUUGGGCCAAGCCUUCCACCAACUGAUUCAUCUUCUCCGAGUCCCCAAGCUUCCAAGGCAAUAGCGGCAGCAGAAGCUCCAUCCGCAGCACCGCAGUCUCAGCAUAUUUUGCCAGAGCCACCGGCAUCAUUACCACCACAUUCACAAGGUUUAGCUCCCACCACCACCACGAACCCUAGAAUUCGACCAGUGCUGCAACCCCCGCCAUCCUCCUCUUCUUCUUCUACUUCUUCCCUUCACUUAUCAUUAAUGCCUCUUCUGCUAGCACCGGUUACCAUCAUCAUCUUCAAAUCCUACUGA